AUGUCGCUGAACAUUCCCAACGCGCCCAACGCCGGCCUGUUCAAGGGCGGCUAUAACAACUACGACUCCGAGGAUGGAGCGGUUCUCAGAAACAUCGAUGCCUGCCGUGCCAUUGCUUCGACCGUCCAGACCUCGCUGGGUCCCUAUGGCCGCAACAAGAUCGUCAUCAACCACCUCCAGAAGAUGAUCCUCACUUCCGACGCCGCCACUAUCCUGAAGGAGCUCGAUGUCGUCCACCCUGCCGCUAAGCUCCUGGUCAUGGCCAGUCAACAGCAGGAGGCCGAGAUGGGCGAUGCCACGAACCUGGUCAUCGUCCUCGCCGGAGAGUUGCUGAAGAAGGCUGAGGACUUGCUGCGCAUGGGCCUCAAGACUGCCGAUAUCGUCCAGGGGUACGAGAGGGCUCAGCAUUUCGCCCUAGAGGCUCUCGAGGAGCUUGUUGUCGACAAGGUUGAAAACAUGCGGGAUCAAGAGGAGCUCAGCAAGGCUAUCCGAACUGUCGUUGCCAGCAAGCAGAAUGGCAAUGAGGAUUUCCUGGCUGACCUCGUUGCCGAAGCAGUCCUGGCCGUGCUGCCCAAGAACCCUGCCAACUUCAACGUCGACAACAUCCGUGUCGUCAAGAUCAUGGGUGGUGCUCUCGAGCAGAGCCGCGUAGUCAAGGGUAUGGUCUUCCCCAAGGAGCCCGAUGGUGCCGUCAAGAAGGCUCAAAAGGCUAAGGUCGGUGUCUACUCGUGCCCGCUUGACACCAGCCAAACCGAGACCAAGGGCACUGUGCUGUUGCACAAUGCCAAGGAGAUGAUGGAUUUCACCAAGGGCGAAGAAGCCCAGCUGGAUGCUGCUAUCAAGGAGCUCCACGACGCUGGUCUGCGCGUGGUCAUUGCCGGCUCCACUGUUGGAGAACUCGCAAUGCACUACCUCAACCGAUAUGGCAUUCUGGUCAUCAAGAUUCUCAGCAAGUUCGAACUCCGGAGAAUAUGCAGAGUCGUUGGUGCCACACCCCUUGCUCGUCUCGGAGCACCGAUGCCCGACGAGAUGGGUUCGGUUGAUGUUGUCGAAACACUCGAGAUUGGCGGUGACCGCGUAACAGUCUUCAGGCAAGAGAAUGAAGUGACACGCACAGCAACCAUUGUGCUCCGCGGUGCCACCCAGAACCACCUGGAUGACGUCGAACGUGCAGUCGAUGACGGUGUGAAUGUCGUCAAGGCCAUCACUAGAGAUCCCCGUCUGGUUCCCGGUGCUGGAGCCGCAGAGACGCAGCUGGUGGAACGGAUACAAGCAUUUGGUGACAAGACCCCUGGACUCGCACAGUACUCCAUCCGGAAGUUCGGUGAAGCCUUCGAGGUCGUUCCGAGAACCCUGGCCGAAAGCGCCGGUCUUGAUGCUACCGAAGUUCUUAGCAGACUCUACACUGCACACCACAAGAAGGAUGACUGGAAGACCGGUAUCGAUAUCGAGAACAACGAUGGCAGUGGUACAUUCGACGCAAACAACGAAGGUAUCCUGGACUUGAUGGUCACAAAGGCAUGGGCUAUCAAAUUGGCCACGGAUGCAGUACGUACAGUACUCUCUGUCGACCAGAUUAUUGUGGCCAGACAGGCUGGUGGACCCAAGCCUCCAGGACCCAACCCCAACUGGGAUGACGAUUGA